AUGGCGCCGUCUUUCUUCGCGUCGUUGAUUCUCUUUGCGUUUGCUCUCUUCGCCGAGAGAACGUUGGCGCAGAAUGACACCAACCCGGACGAUGGAUCACCAGCAGCCAUUUCAGCUGCGACAGUCUCCAGCACCAUCCUUGUCCUCGCACGAGACGACACUUCCGCACAGAAUGGCGCCACGUCUGGUCUACAAGGCUAUGGCAUUCCUUUCGAAGUAGUCACUGUCCCUCAGGCUGGAAUCAGUAGUCUUCCAAACCUCAAUGCAUCCGCUACCCACGGAAACUACGGCGGUAUUGUUCUAGUCAGCGAGGUUGGUUACAACUACGGCGACCAAUACUACAGCGCUCUCACCAGGGCGCAAUUCAACCAACUGUAUAACUAUCAGACCAACUUCGGCGUGCGCAUGGUGCGACUGGACGUGUUCCCUACGAGCGACUUCGGCGUAGUCAGUCUUGGUGGUAAUGUCAAAGAUGAGCCGGUCGUCUUUACCAACGUCACUGGCUUUUCUACUGCAGGCUUGAAAUCGAACGCGAAUGUGAGCAUUGCGAACAUCUUCCACAACCCGGCGCAGAUCACCAAUACUUCGAUUGCAUGGGAAUUUGCGAAGUUCAGCAACUCCGGCACUGCUGGUGUCAUCAACCAGAUUGGCACCCGCCAGCAGAUGGCAUGGUUCAUACCAUUUGCACUCGACUGGGCUCCGUCUUCGAACUAUCUGCAACAUGCGUGGAUCAACUGGGUCACAAGAGGCCUUUACGUCGGCUUCCGCAGGCUAUACCUCAACACUCAGGUGGAUGACAUGUUUCUCGAGACCCCUCUUUACACACCAUCCGGCCAAACAUAUCGCUGCAAGCCCGACGAUCUUACUGUACACGUUGAUUGGCAGGCUACACUUAAUGCGAAGAUGCCGAAGGGCUCCGAGUACUUCGUCGAAAUUGGACACAACGGAAACGGUGCCAUUGAGGCUGCAACAGACACUACCGAGGGCGAGCGCACUUGCAGUCCAACUAACGGCAUUGAGUAUCCCGAUCAGAUUGAUGGACCUCCCGACUACACGAAACCACCAGGUACGGGCAAGGACAUAUGGCCGACAACUCCUACCAAGUAUGCGUGGUCUCUGGAGUGCAACGAGAUUGAUGAGCUGGAGAAUUGGUUUGCGGAUGAGACAAACCGCGACGCUUUCGCGCAUAUCUCACACACUUUUACUCAUGAAGAUCUUACCAACGCAACAUACUCGGACACUUCCAAAGAAAUUUCCUGGAACCAGGCUUGGCUGAAGCAGGUUGGCUUGGAUGCUGCUGCACGCUUCAGUCCCAAGGGUAUCAUUCCUCCCGCCAUCACGGGGUUGCACAACGCCGACGCUCUCCAUGCAUGGAAGGAUAACGGAAUCGUUAAUGUCGUGGGUGACAACACGAGGCCCCUUCUCUUGAACACCGUGAACCGCUUCUGGCCGCUCAACACCACAGUGGCUGCCAACGGUUACGCCGGCAUAAACGUCAUGCCGCGAUGGGCUACGGUCAUCUACUACAACUGCGAUCUCCCAGCCUGCACCCUGCAGGAAUGGAUCAACACAUCGGGUGGAAAGGGUACCUUCACUGACCUGCUCGACAACGCACGCGACACCGCUGUGCGCAACCUCUUCGGCCUCCACUGGGACGCCUACAUGUUCCACCAAGCCAACCUCCGCGUAAACGACGUUCCCCAAACCACCGUCAACGGCGUAAAAGGCCAAUUCUCCCUCCUCAUGACCUGGGUCGAAACCACCACCGCAGAAAUCAUGCGCCUAACAACCUGGCCCUUCAAAACCCUCAAACACGACGACCUCGCAGCCGCCUUCCUCGCCCGCCAAACGCGCGACCUCUGCCGCCCCAGCCUAACCUGGCAGACGUCCGCCGACGGCAAGGGCAUCGAGAGCGUGACGGUGUACACGGCGGGCGGGAACGCGUGCGAGACGACGAUCCCGAUUACGUUUCCGACGACGCCGGCGCAGACGACGGGCGCGACGAAGGAGCAGGUGGGGACGGAUCCGUUGACGUUGUGGGUUACGAUGAGUGGGGCGAGUAGGACGUAUACUUUUAGUAAGGCGUUGCAUUUGUAG